AACCAUUCAAGCUUUCUAAACUGCUAGCCCUUCAUGUUCUCGCGGGAUUGUGCUGAGCUGGUCAAAGCUUUGGGCUCUUUCGACUUUGUCUGUGCCAAUAAGUGUUUGGUGCGCAUUAGCAAGGCACAUCCAACCGUGGGGUCGAUAUGUUCGAGGAUUAUCCAAUGCGAGAGCCUCUAUAGCUCAAUGCAGUUCCUCAAGCCCAAGAUCUUUAGACGAGAGGAUCAUCUGUAUCAAUUGUACAGUGAGAUCAUCGCAGAUGUUGAACGCGAGAUUGUGGCAUAUCACCACGUAAGCAUUGGGCUAUAUAGCAGUUCAGCAGAAGUCCUUACCGCUGCUGCUGCUUCGGAGUAUUCAAAGACAGUAGGGAACAUUAAAGCUCGCCAAGGUCAUUUAGGAGGACCUUCCGGGAACAGCUCCCCUAUCAUGAAUGUGUCUGAAUCAAGCCAACCCAGUAUUCAUCAAUAUAUUGCAGGAAUAAGUAACAUUGUCACAAAAGCUAGUGAUACUUCACUCGGUGGUGGAAGCAGUAAUAACAACAACGCUACCAUUGGAAGCAACGCCAGCAAUAUUCGCACCUAUAUAAAUGGCAACACAUACAUCAGUGGCAGUAAUGGCCAGUCAUCUAACCAACAAGGCACCGUCAGCGGUAACCAUGGCUAUGAGGAGCAAUCUGCAGCGGACCAUGUAGUACUUUACACCAUUCUUCGGGAGCUAUGUCAUCUGCGUAUAGCAUUAAUCCCAGUCUAUCGACUGUUGUCGCAAUCCACCGUCGAGAUUGAUGCAGACUCGAUUCUUCCAGAGGUAGAGCUGGCACUACAUGCUUAUGAGGAAUCCGUUGAAGCUAUAGAAAGUUUUCAAGCAUCAGUCCUUGGUACAGGCAUUGGACUAGAAAUCCGAGCCCUCAAACAUGGACUAUUAUUGAACAAAUCUAUUUGUGAAUAUGAUAUACAAAAGUCAGCUACAAAUUUGCAUCUCGCACGUAUCGCGCUGUCAGAAUGGAAAAAGAUUUCUUCAGAGCAAGAAUAUGCGGAUAAAACCUAUCAUCGGCCUGAGGAGACAUCAUGGAGGCUGAGCAUAUUUGGAUCGUCAACGUCAUCAUCUAUUCCUAAUGCAGGUAGUGGUAGUGGGGCAGGAGCAGGAGCAGGGAGAGGCAUGACAGGAGGCACAGACGAAAAGUCUAAAGCAGCGCCGACAUCAUCCGUUUCAUGGAAGAGUGGUAAAGUAAACUUGCAACCAAAUCAUCUUCUAUGGCUCAGCCGAUGGAUCGCGAGCGAAAAGUCGAAAAUGACUAUCUAUUUCAUGGAUAUUUUAUUGGAGAAGGAGCAGGCGAUUGGGGGUGAUGACCGAAGUUUAUGGGCCAACAUGGAUCCUGAUAUGCAUGGAAUGAUCCGAACAUUUAGGAAAAAGGCAGGCGCACACAGUAUUUCAUUUGUAUAUGAGAUUUCAGGGGGGAUGCGCUUUUCGACUCUAGGAUUGGUUAGCGCUAAUAUGCCUUACGAACCUCCAACAGGACUAAAUUCAUUUCCAUGCAUAUACAGUUAUCCGCCUGACCCCCCAAGGGAUCAUUGGCCCAAUAUUAUCUCAAUCAUGCAAGGAAGUGUCAACAUAUUAAGCCAAUAUCGGAGUCAAUACUUUUAUGAUCGAAAAAUCGGGUGCACUUAUUAUAUCACGCGGAUCGAUUUGCAUGUCUCAAUUGUCAUCAUUUACCUUGAUAAACAUCCUCAACCUGAUGUUGGAGCAAUGGAUUUCUUGCAACUCUUGGCCAGUAAAUUGAGACAUACAGACGUGUUAGCGGCCAUGCGCCUGGACUGAGUCUUUCAAUCAAUACUUUGAUAACUGAAUAACCAUAUAAUAUAAUUUGUAAUAAUAAAACACUC